CUGAUUUUUUAUGUGCUCUUUCAGGGUGCUGUUCAAGGACCCGAAGAGUUUGCAGAGGGAGUAGUGCUCGGUGUAAAAGGUCUUUUUGGUGCAACAGUUGGUGGUGGUGCUGGUGCGGUAUCUCGAAUUGCGGGAACUCUUGGAAAAGGUGUUGCUGUAUUGACGCUUGAUGAAGAGUACCAACGCAAACGGCAGCAGGUGAUGAGUAGACGACCGAAAACCAUUGGUGAAGGUGUGGCUCGUGGUGCUAAAGGUGUUGGGCAAGGAAUCUAUGAAGGCAUCACCGGUAUUGUCGCGAAACCUCUUGCCGGUAUAUUUGUUGUUAUAGUAUUUUCUUUUUUUGUAUUCAAAAAUUCGUCCACUGUUCCUAACUGGACUUUUGUAUAUGUUUGUGUAUGCUGA